CGUGCGGCUGCAGCUCCAACCCCCUCCCCCAGCCGCUCGGGGGCGGGAAGUGGCGGGCGGGAGUCACCCAAGCGUGACUACCCGAGGCCCCUCCUGCCGCGGCAAGGGAGCUCCAUAAAAGCCCAGUUGCGACCCGCUCUCAGCACCCCAUCCGCCCUCCCUCACACCUGGAAGAGGACCUCCCCCACCGCAGAGCACUUGCCGCCCAGCCACGCCCGCUCGCCAGCCAUCAUGCUAGGUAGCAAGCGACUGGGGCUGUCCGGACUGACCCUCGCCCUGUCCCUGCUCGUGUGCUUGGGUGCGCUGGCCGAGGCUUACCCCUCCAAGCCGGACAACCCGGGAGAGGACGCUCCAGCGGAGGACAUGGCCAGAUACUACUCGGCGCUGCGACACUACAUCAACCUCAUCACCAGGCAGAGAUAUGGAAAACGGUCUAGCCCUGAGACACUGAUUUCAGACCUCUUAAUGAGAGAAAGCACAGAAAAUGUUCCCAGAACUAGGCUUGAAGACCCUUCUAUGUGGUGAUGGGAAAGAACACUUGCUCUCCAAGCUUUUCCUAUUUUCAACCAUAUUUCAUUCUGUAAAACCAGAUUCCACCUGUCCUACCUGAGCAUGCAGCCAUUGUGCUGGAUUCUGCCAUGUUUUCCUUUGUCAUCAUUGUAUAUAUGUGCAUUUAAAUAAAGCACCAUGCAGUCAGAA